GAGGGGCUAGACCUGGUGGCUGGAGUUUUAGUCCGGGCGCUGCAGGUUGUUAAGCUGUCUGGUUCCCAGGGCACGGGCGGCUGUUUUUCCUGUCGGGAUCUGAUCGUGAUGGGGACCCAGACGAAAGCUGGGAGGAAUCAGUUCCUUUUCUUCACUUCAAUGAUCCUGUAUCCCCUGGUGCUCGGCAAGGGUACAGUGUACACUUCUGAAACUUUAGUUCGAGUUCCUCAGAAUAACUCCGUCAAGUUGUCCUGCUCCUACUCCGGGUUCUCCAAUCCUCGAGUGGAGUGGAAGUUUGUCCAAGGUGAUACCACCAGGCUCAUUUGCUAUAACAGCAAGAUCACAGCGUCCUAUGAGGACCGAGUUACCUUCUCACCAAGUGGCAUCACCUUCAAAUCUGUGACCCGGGAAGACAGUGGGAUGUAUACUUGUAUGGUCACUGAAGACAAUGGCAAUAACUACGGGGAAGUCACCAUCCAGCUCCUUGUAGUUGUGCCUCCGUCCAAGCCUACAAUAGACAUCCCCUCCUCUGCCACCAUUGGGAACCGGGCUGUGCUGACCUGCUCAGAACAAGAUGGAUCCCCACCUUCUCAAUACUACUGGUUCCGGAAUGGGAUACAGAUGCCUGUGGAUCCCACCCAGAACCGUGCCUUCAGCAACUCCUCCUACACCAUGAAUCCUGACACAGGGGAGCUGAUCUUUGAUCCUGUAACGGCCUCUGAUACUGGAGAAUACAAGUGUGAGGCACGCAAUGGCUACGGGGUGGCCAUGCUGUCGGAUACCGCACACAUGGAAGCUGUGGAACUGAAUGUGGGGGGCAUUGUGGCAGCUGUCCUAGUGACACUGAUUCUCCUUGGAGUCUUGAUUUUUGGCAUCUGGUUUGCCUACAGCCGAGGCUACUUUUAUAGAGCAAAAAAAGGGGCUUCCACUAAGAAGGUGAUUUACAGCCAACCGACUGCUCGAAGUGAUGGGGAAUUCAAACAGACCUCAUCCUUCCUGGUGUGACCCGGUUCAGCUCAUCUCUGCUGGUCACACUCAGGUGCUACUGGACUCGGGCCCCUGAUGUCAGUGCCUUCACAGGAUGCCUCCAGUGUCCUUUAUUUAGAACCCCAUCCCCACUUUGUCUUAGUUAGGAUGUGAUUUUCUUAAUAACAUCAGCAAUGCGUGCCUUCCUUCUUUUUGCCACUGCUGAGUGGUCUGAGACUUGUUCAGAACGCCCAUCCCCCAUCUCUGCGUGGGAUCAAGCAGGAGUUCUGGGUGUGCCUGCAGACAGUGAGAAAACCACUACUUGGUCUGUAGUGAGUGGCUGUUGAAUAAGGAGUUUGAGCCUAAUUACUAGGCUCUCUCCUUCUGUAAUGAGGACUGGUGUCCGGGCUAUUCUCCAGUGGGGUCUGCAGAGAAGAGCGGCUGAAGAGUUGGGUGACAACACUGUCUCUUCCAUCUCUGGAGCCCACUCUUCCAUCUCUCCAUGAAGAGCACCACGAGGAACCUUCUGCCCCAUCCUCCUGAGCACAAGCAGACUGUACAUAGGAACAUGGGAAAGCACCGUCAAGCAUUCAGGAGAUGAGGAGCAAAGAUUUCAAACCACUCAAGUCAAGAAAAAGCUGGAGUAGCCAUCAGCCUUCCCUUGGCUGAAGCAGCUAGGCAGAUCCUUCGCACAUGUCUGCAGGCCUGUGGGGAUGUAUGUAUUAUUCUUGGCUCUUUGCUGAGCUGUGUGAGUGGUGAAGUGAGUGUUUGUGUGCGUGUGUGUAUACGCGCGUGUAUGUGUGGUCAUAGCUGAAAUUGGGUUGUAUGUUGGAGGGCUUACCUCUUUGAUGAGAUUGAGUUUCUGUGUGUUUGUAUUAUCUGGAUGUUGCUGGAAAUAAAUAAAAACUUGGUUUGUCAAA